ACCACCACCAUAGAUCGAUCCUUGAGUUGACGAAAACAUACACAGCUGCUAGCUAAUCCUGCCGUGAGUGCAAUGCAUGCGAAGAUGACGAAGCCCGCAGCCAUCGUUGUUGCUGCUAUCGCCGUCCUCUCCGUCAGCCUGCUGGCUGGGUCGUCGUGCCUUGCCCUUGCGCGGCCCAGCGGCGACUUCUCCAUCGUGGGCUACUCAGAGGAGGACCUGUCGUCGCACGAGAGCCUGGCGGAGCUGUUCGAGCGCUGGCUGUCCCGCCACCGCAGGGCGUACGCCAGCCUGGAGGAGAAGCUCCGGCGGUUCCAGGUGUUCAAGGACAACCUGCACCACAUCGACGAGACCAACCGCAAGGUGAGCAGCUACUGGCUGGGCCUCAACGAGUUCGCCGACCUCACGCACGACGAGUUCAAGGCCACCUACCUCGGCCUACGGAGCAGUGUUGGCGAUGGUGGUAGUGGUAUCGAUGACGACGACGAGCCGGAGGAGGAGGAGGGCUACGAGGGUGUGGACGGGGCGAGCCUCCCCAAGUCGGUGGACUGGCGGAGCAAGGGCGCGGUGACGGGGGUAAAGAACCAGGGCCAGUGCGGCAGCUGCUGGGCCUUCUCCACGGUGGCCGCCGUCGAGGGCAUCAACCAGAUCGUCACGGGCAACCUCACGGCGCUGUCGGAGCAGGAGCUCAUCGACUGCGACACGGACGGCAACAACGGCUGCAACGGCGGCCUCAUGGACUACGCCUUCUCCUACAUCGCACACAACGGCGGCCUCCACACGGAGGAGGCCUACCCGUACCUCAUGGAGGAAGGCACCUGCCAGCGCAGCAGCAGCAGCGAGAAGAAGUGGCCGGGAUCGUCGGAGGACGCCAACGACGAUGCCGCGGUGGUCACCAUCUCCGGGUACGAGGACGUGCCGAGGAACAACGAGCAGGCGCUGCUCAAAGCGCUGGCGCAACAGCCCGUCAGCGUCGCCAUCGAGGCCUCCGGCAGGAACUUCCAGUUCUACAGCGGCGGCGUCUUCGAUGGGCCCUGCGGCACGCAGCUGGACCACGGGGUAGCGGCCGUCGGCUACGGGACGGCGGCCAAGGGCCAUGACUACAUCAUCGUCAAGAACUCGUGGGGGCCCAGCUGGGGCGAGAAGGGGUACAUCCGCAUGAGGAGGGGCACCGGCAAGCGCCAGGGCCUCUGCGGCAUCAACAAGAUGGCCUCCUACCCAACCAAGAACUGAACUCAGAUCAUCGAUUCAUCGUCAAGCAGCAGCUGGCUGAUUACUCCCACUGCUGGCGCUCCACGCUUCACUAGUUCUUCGUCGUUCUCCUUCACUUCCAUUGUUUUCAAGAUUGGACGAUCUUUCGUUGUUUGAAAUGAAAUAAUAAUGAUGAUGGAAUUAGUGUUCCCCAAGUUCGAACAAAUUAAGUAUUGUUGGAGUUUUCGUUGGAACAACUGUAGUCUGUAGUCAGAGUGAGCCCCAAAUCAGGGCAGUUGCUUUUGAACAUAACAUU